ACCGUCAGCAUCAAUAAGGCCAUCAACACCCAAGAAGUGGCCGUGAAGGAGAAACACGCCAGAACAUGCAUCCUGGGCACCCACCAUGAGAAGGGGGCGCAGACCUUUUGGUCUGUGGUCCACCGGCUGCCUCUGUCCAGCAACGCCAUGCUGUGUUGGAAGUUCUGCUACGUGUUCCACAAGCUCCUCCGUGAUGGACACCCAAACGUCCUGAAGGACUCUUUGAGAUACAAGAAUGAGCUGAGUGACAUGAGCAGGAUGUGGGGCCACCUGAGCGAAGGGUAUGGGCAGCUGUGUAGUACCUACCUCAAACUGCUGAGGACCAAGAUGGAGUACCACGCCAAAAAUCCCAGGUUCCCAGGCAACCUUCAGAUGAGUGACCGUCAGCUGGAUGAGGCCGGAGAGAGUGACGUUAACAACUUUUUCCAGCUCACGGUGGAGAUGUUUGACUACCUGGAGUGUGAGCUGGACCUCUUCCAAACCGUGUUCAGCUCUUUGGACAUGUCCCGCUCUGUGUCAGUGACAACGGCUGGGCAGUGCCGCCUCGCCCCGCUCAUCCAGGUCAUCCUGGACUGUAGCCACCUCUACGACUACACCGUCAAGCUCCUGUUCAAGCUCCACGCCUGUCUCCCAGCUGACACCCUGCAGGGCCACCGGGACCGAUUCAUGGAGCAGUUCACAAAGCUGAGAGACCUGUUCCACCGGUCCAGCAACCUGCAGUACUUCAAGCGGCUCAUUCAGAUCCCCCAGCUGCCCGAGAAUCCACCCAACUUCCUGCGAGCCUCAGCCCUGUCGGAACACAUCAGCCCGGUGGUGGUGAUCCCGGCAGAGGCCUCAUCCCCUGACAGCGAGGCAGUCUCAGAGAAAGACGACCUCAUGGACAUGGAUGCCUCUCAGCAGAGUUUGUUCGACAACAAGUUUGAUGACAUCUUUGGCAGCUCCAUCAGCAGCGACCCCUUCAAUUUCAACAAUCAAAACGGUGUGAACAAGGAUGAGAAGGACCACCUGAUCCAGCGGCUGUACAGAGAGAUCAGUGGACUCACAGAGCAGCUGGAGAACGUGAAGGCCGAGAGCCAGCGGGCCACGCUGCAGCUGAAGGGCCAGGUGAGCGAGCUGGAGGCCGAGCUGGCUGAGCAGCAGCACCUGGGGCGGCAGGCGACCGACGACUGCGAGUUCCUGCGCACAGAGCUGGACGAGCUCAAGAAACAGCGCGAGGACACCGAGAAGGCGCAGCGGAGCCUGACAGAGAUCGAGAGGAAGGCCCAGGCCAACGAGCAGCGGUACAGUAAACUAAAGGAGAAGUACACAGAACUGGUUCAGAGCCAUGCCGACCUGCUGCGCAAGAACGCAGAGGUGACCAAACAGGUGUCUGUGGCCAGGCAAGCCCAGGUGGAUUUGGAAAGAGAGAAAGAGGAGCUGGAGAGUUCCUUCAAGCGCGUGAGUGACCAGGCCCAGCGGAAGACUCAAGAGCAGCAGGAAGUUGUAGAGAGCUUGAAGCAAGAACUUGCUACCAGCAGACAAGAGCUGCACGUCCUCCAUGGCAGCCUGGAAACCUCUGCCCAGUCAGAGGCAAAGCAGGCGACACAGAUCGCAGAACUGGAGGAGGAGCGGGGCAGCCUGGUGAGCACCGUGGCUCAUCGGGAGGAGGAGCUGUCAGCCCUCCGAGAGCAGCUGGAAUCCACCCAGGUCAAGCUGGCAGGUGCCCAGGAAUCUGUCUGCCAGCUCGCAAAAGACCAGCGGAGAGCACUCCUGUUGGGGUCCCGGAAGGCUGCGGAGCGUGUGAUCCAGGAGGCCCUGAGCUGGCUGGAGGAGCCCACCCUUGUCAGCUGUGCGGGAUCUGCAGAUCACCUACUUUCCAAGGUCAAGUCUGUUUCCAGCUGCCUCGAGCAACUGGAAAAGAACCACAGCCAGUAUCUGGCCUGCCCAGAAGACAUCGGUGGGCUUUUGCACUCGGUCACCUUGCUCGCCCACUUGACCAGUGACACCAUUGCCCAUGGGAGCGCCACCAGCCUCCGAGCCCCUCCGGAGCCCGCUGACUCUCUGACCGAGGCCUGUAAGCAGUGUGGCAGGGAAACCCUGGCCUUCCUGUCCUCCCUGGAGGAAGAGGGAGCCGUGGAGAAGGCCGACAGCACGGCCCUGAGGACCUGUCUUCACAAGAUCAAGGCCAUUGGCGAGGAGCUGCUGCCCAGGGGCCUGGACAUCAAACAGGAGGAGCUGGGGGACCUGGUGGACAAGGAGAUGGCUGCCACGUCAGCUGCCAUUGAAACUGCCACGGCCCGGAUCGAGGAAAUGCUCAGCAAAUCCCGAGCAGGAGACACAGGAGUCAAGUUGGAGGUGAACGAGAGGAUCCUUGGCUCCUGUACCAGCCUAAUGCAAGCCAUCCAGGUCCUGAUUGUGGCUUCGAAGGACCUCCAGAGGGAGAUUGUGGAGAGUGGCAGGGGUACCGCCUCCCCUAAGGAAUUUUAUGCCAAGAACUCUCGAUGGACAGAAGGACUUAUCUCAGCCUCCAAAGCAGUGGGCUGGGGAGCCACCGUCAUGGUGGACGCUGCUGAUCUUGUGGUGCAAGGCAAAGGGAAAUUUGAGGAGCUCAUGGUGUGUUCACAUGAAAUUGCUGCUAGCACAGCCCAGCUUGUGGCUGCAUCCAAGGUGAAAGCUGAUAAGGACAGCCCCAACCUGGCCCAGCUGCAGCAGGCCUCUCGGGGGGUGAACCAGGCCACGGCUGGGGUGGUGGCCUCAACCAUUUCUGGAAAAUCACAGAUUGAGGAGACAGACAAUAUGGAUUUCUCAAGCAUGACAUUGACCCAAAUCAAACGUCAAGAGAUGGAUUCCCAGGUUAGGGUACUGGAGCUAGAAAGUCAACUACAGAAGGAGCGGCAGAAACUAGGGGAGCUUCGGAAAAAACACUAUGAGCUCGCUGGUGUUGCUGAGGGCUGGGAAGAAGGAACAGAAUCAACCUCACCUUCACUUCAAGAAGCAGAACCCGAGAAAGAAUAGAACCAAGCCAGCGGCCCCUAUUAUUUCCCGUUUCAUCAUUUGCACAAACUUUCCAACAUUGGGCGCUGGUGGACUCUAAACCUGGAGCUGCCUGAACCCGUGGUCAGAAGAGCGACGGUCCUAACCGAGCAGGCCACCUCGGCUCUCCCUGUCCUCUGGCUGGUCCACAGAUUCUCGCUGCUUCUUAAGAGUGCUCGUUUGGGUCUUUUGGUUUCUUAGUUUCAAAGUUUCACUCAUGUAGCCAACUCUCUGCAGAGGGCACACCCUGGAGUGUGAACAUUCCGGGGGGUGGGGGGGUCCCCAUGCCAUGGUGCCACUCCGGCUCCGCCCUGGUGCUCCAGCUCAGCCUCCCCACUGAGCUGGCGAGGGCCGGUCAGCUGAGGCCAUUCCCCACGGGCAGGUGACAGCAGUCCUCCAAAGGCCUCAGCAGAGCGAGUGCCUUGCCUUCCUCACGCUGGACGCCAGCUGAACACCUCUGUCCACCUCCAUGAGCCACAGGGCACCCGAGAGUAACGGAGGAUGCACGGGGCCCAGGUGUGCAGGAGACACCUGUCCACCCUUACCAUGUAAGCUGGUGAGAACACCAACACUACUUCCCCAGAGUCACACAGGCCGCCACCCUUCAGAGGGAGCGUGUGGGGCCUUUCAGUUGCUUCUCCCACCUCCUGCCUCGAUGUCCCCUUGAACCUGAAGAUAGUUCUACGUGCUACUAAAUCCACAGACCCAGCCGAUCAGACCCACUUGUCCCAUCUGAAAGCACCCUGGCUCUGUGUGGGGCCCUUAUUUUCUAACUUCUGUCAAGCAACAGCAGCCUACAGGGACACUCAGAGCAAUCAGGACAGCAGGUGACAAUGGGCCAGGCUCACUGUGCCCUCCAUCGUGUCUUCACAGAUCACAAACAAGGCCAUCCCUGGGCAGUGCUAGGCUUGGAUCCCAAGGCAGGCAGGGAGAACAAGUAAUGGGGACCACUGGCUGUGACCGCCCCCCCAGCCACACGAUCCUGGCUCUCGCUGCCCUGUGGACAGGAUGGGGACAGAGAUCACAGCCCUUUACAGAUGGGCAGCCUAACAACACUUUCCACUUCUUAAAUGGACCCCCCCCCACGUUAAGUGACCUUCCGAUCUUGGAUAAACAGCGUCUUCCUUCUUCUCUGUAGCAACUCAUAGGUGGGAGCCAGCAAGCAGCUCCUUGGACCUGUCACUACAGGAUGUGGCUCUGUGGCUGUGUUCUGCUGUGUGAUGGGUUCCAAGGCUCUGAUUGGUCACUGUGAAUCACCCUCCUCCUGUCUCACCCACCCCACCCACUCACACUGUCCCAGAAAGUCAUAUGAGCAUUGUCAGAUGGGUGCCCUGCAUCCUGGGCCCGGGUGUCCGAGGUAGAAAUUGGACAGGCUCAUGUUGAAUGUUCCUCUGUGCUUAGAGUUAUUCCGAGGCUCAGAACCGCAGCGUGUGGCGCUCCUGGCCCACGUGUGCAAAUACAGCCAGUUCGUUCUUGGUGUAGGUCAGCUUUCCCAAAGGUGGCCAUCUGGAGUAUCUUAAACCAUCCAAAUUGGUACCCCAAAUUACCAAUUGGGGGACCAAUCGUAUUGGAACAGAUUAGGAAUCUAUGAAUAACACCCCCUCUUAAAAAAGGAGCCUCUGAGCAGGGCUGGGGGAGGGCUCAAGUGGCAGAAUGCUUGCCUCACAUAAGCGUGAGGCCCUGAGUUCAAAACUCCAGUACUGCCAAAAGAAAAUAAAUAAAUCCUCAUGAGCUCAGCCUGAGUAAUAAAACAGUCAAGAGCUAGAGCACAGGCUAAUUGAAUUGUCAGGUGAAUGUCCCUACCUGGCAGAUGUGAUAUAAUUACUCUUAUAAUAGCACAGAUUAGAACCUAUGUCAUUCUCGAACCCAAAUCAAACUCCCCCCCACCUCAGCACUUCUAAAAACUGAGUGUGCUAGUGGGUGUGAAACACCUGUGAUUAAAAACAAGAAUCGCACCCUAAAGCUAAAAAUACACCUCACAGCCUUUUAAAUGAGUCGCCGGGCCUCCUGACAGCCUAAAGUCAUGAUGAGCAUAGACAGAUCCUAACCAGGCAGCACAAUCAUGACUGAGGAUUGAAAAAGACUCCAAAUCCAGCUGGUAUUUUCUAAUACAGUGCUCUAACUAGAAUAAGAAUAUUUGUGUACAUAAUACGGGGGGGGGGGAAAUAGAAGAAAAGGCCUACCUUCAAGGGGUUAUUUUAUAUCUGAGCAAGGAAUUUAAAUUAGACUAUAAUUGAAUUUGCUGAUUCAUGCUCAUGGCGGAAUCACUAGGAUCUCACCUGAUUAUGAAUCCUUAACCCAGAGGCUGGAAGAACCCAAUACUAUUGAGAGUGUCCUGACUUGGAAUUGUUCUGGCCACCAAAGUUAACACCAAGUGACACGGGGAUCACAAGUGCAUGUCGUUAUGGUCAGGUUAGUUUGCUUUGGCCUCCUCUUAGGAACAGUUGGCUCUCAGCUUGCAUCUGGAACUUUCUCACUUCUUGGUCAGCUCCUUAAAGUAGACAGGUCUCCUGGCUACAUUCACCCACGUCUUUAAUAAGGUGGCAAAACGUCUUGAUACCUUCUACCACCUUUCCAAGUCUCUGGAAAUUCACGCUGGGAGGAAGUCCCAAUGUUGGCCUUCCAAGGAGAGCAACUUUGCCCUGUUUCCACCACCUUGGUCCUCCAGAGACCACACACUGCCUGUAGCAUAGGAAACCAUGGAGUCUGCCAGCACCAACAAUGACCCAGGCCAGCUGCUCCACUCAGUCUCCCAGGUCCAGACCAGAUAUGGAACCAGUGACACAGUGGUCACACUGCCUUCCCACUCCAAGAGGCAAGGUAAUGGGAAACAACUGGCUGGUUGGAUUCAGUUCUGAGAGUAGAUCUUCCAAGGCAUGUGUUUUUUUCAGGUGACCCUUAACUACCUCAGGUUUGGAGGCCCUAAAUCAAGCUGAUUACCACUCAAGGGACAAACCAAGGAGGUUCGGUUAAAACUUGGUGAUAACACAAUGUCUCAGACUUCUAACUUCUCGCAUUUAGAUUUGCAGGGAUGGGGUUGGGUUUGUUUUUCUUCCGUUUUUAACUUCUUCCCCAUGUCUGCAAUAGGACAGGCACUAUUAAAUAAAUUUCAUUGUUCACGGAGUGCCUGCCUUCCCAGGGCAGGUAGCCGCUGCCUCAUUUCUUCCCAACACUACUUUUAUUAUGGUAUUGAGACCUUUCUUUGUAUAAUUCAUUGCAUCUGUGUUUUCAACUUUUUCAAAUAAAUAUUUCAGCCUGGCCGUGGACAAUGGGGGUGAUAACUGACGAGAUGGCUCUGAAUUCUGGGUUCCCGUGAAGGCCUCUGAAGAUCAUGAGAUUUAUAGGAUCCUGUUAACUCUGCACCCUGGGAAAUCUAGCAUAGAAACAUGAGUUUGCAUACCGUGUCUUUGUACACUGUCCUGUGGGAACGAUGGGCCUGAAAGGGCCAAAGUAGUCAAUACUGGAAUUUAUCUAGAAGGCCUCUUCUCCGCAUGAAGGCAGAGGCUCAGCUCUACAUGCAAAUCAAACCUGCUGUCUUGAUGUUGGCUGUCACAAUUCCCCUCAGGAACAGAAGCUGCUAACCUCAAGGCCCAACUGGCCACAGCCACCACAGGACUUGUGGAGGGGCUGCCAGAUGGGUCUAGGCUGCAUGGUGACCUUCGCAUAGCGGGAUUGGGUGCAACCUCGUGCUGCCAGUGUACAAAGCCAAGGAGAGAGACAGGUGGGAGGGGUUGGUGAACUGUGUUAAUUUUUAUUGCUGUGACAAAAUACUGUUGAAUAGAGAGCAAGGAUGGGGGACAAGAUGCAUCCUUCAAGGGACCCAUUUCCUCCACCCAAGCCCCACCUCCUAAUAGCUCAGGUAUGAAUUCAUCAUGAAUUAAUCCAUUAAGUUAGGCGCUGGUGGCUCACGCCCGUAAUCUCAGCUAUUCAGGAGGCAGA